AUGAACAAGCCCUUAUCUCCUUCUGAUCUCUCCUCCUCUUCCUGUAAAAACCUCCAUUCGCUAAUUCCUCCAGGACCCACUUUCCUUGACCAGUGUUUUCUCUGCUACGAAAACCUCUUGCCUGGAAAAGACAUCUACAUGUACAAAGGGGACAGGGCAUUUUGUAGCGUGGAGUGCAGGUGCAGACAAAUUUUUAUGGACGAGGAAGAGAGUCUUAGCAAAAACCACUGUUCAUUGGCUGCCAUGAAACCAACUUCUUCGUCGUCGUCUUCUACUUCUUCAUCUUCUUCUUCUUCUUCCUCCACGGCUCGUCGUCAACGCAAAGGGGCAAAAAUCCGAGCAGGCGGGUUUGCGUACUGACUACUGAGAGAGAGUAUUAUGAAACUGAGAAAAUGGAUUUUUUUUUUCUUUGGAACUGUAAUCCAGUGUUAACCUGAU